AUGGCUGUUCGUCGAUAUCAAAUUCGAGAAAAAAUAUUUUCACUUGGUGAUAAUUUCAAAAUAAAAGAUGAAAUAGGUCAAGAUGUGUAUACUGUUCGAUCAAAACUUUUUUCAGCUGGUGAUAAACUUGUUCUUGAAGAUAUGGCUGGAAAUCGCCUGAUUAAAGUACAACAAGAAUUGUUUCAUCUUCAUCCAACUUACAAAAUAUUAUCGGCUCGUGAUGGAGAUCCCGACCGAGAACUAGCAAUAAUAAAAAAGAAAUUCAGUUUUCUUCAUCAUAAAUUUGAUAUUGAUUCUGCUUAUGGUCAAUAUUCUUUGGAAGGCGAAGAUAUUUUCGCUCAUUCGUUUGCAUUAAGAAAAGCUGGCGUAACAGUGGCAAGUGUAAGCAAAAAAUUUAUUUCAUUAUCUGACACGUAUGGUGUUGAAAUUGUCACUGAUGAAGAUCAAGCAUUUAUUUUGGCACUUACUAUUGUACUUGAUCAAGUUUUAUACGACAACGAUAGUCAACAUCAUCACCAAUAG